AUGGCUGAUGAUGGAUACGAAAUGAUGGGGCCACCAGGAGUCGAAGCCAAACCAGAAGCUCCUCCACCUCCUCCUGCAGCACCUGCCAAAGCAACAGCAGCAGCAAUUCCAGAAUUUCCAGUUUCUGCUAGUGGGCCUGAUAAGCCAUCUGCCACUGCUUCUGCCUCAUCAGCUUCUUUUGUUUCUACGGCAACAGCUUCAGCUUCUGUUGCUUCAACUGCCUCUUCUAUUCCACAAUUUCCAUCAACUGUUCUCACUUCUUCUGCGGUGGACUCUGACGAGGCAUCGACCGAAUCUCUAUAUGAUGCACUUACUUAUUCAGACUCGGAGGAAAAAAAACCGAGGAAACCGUUAUAUGACAUGGUUGAUGGAUGGUUUGAAAGUGACGAUGAUGAUGAUGAUGAGGAGAAAGAAAAGAAGCUUACACCAGAUGUGGACGAUGAAAAGGAGAAGAAAGAAAAGAUGCUUAAACCAUAUGCGGACGAUGAAGACCCCAACGAUUACGACGUCAUCAAUUUUGUUCUUCUCGUUUUCUUUCUGAUCUUUAUUCUCUCUGUUUCUAUUCCCGUACUUUUGGCGGCUUCUGGAGUUUGGCACGUGGAUUUGAUUAUGGAACAUUUGAAAUACGGAAUGUGA